CCUUGGUCGAACUUGUCAAGGCUCGACCUCUUUUGUCCACGUGCCACCACUGAAGCAAUGUUGACGCGGCUACUUUGGUCGGUGGCGGAUGGCAGGCGCGCGGAAAAGGAAUAAGGCCUUCUCGCGCGGGCUUCUGAGCAAUUAGCGAUUAUUGCGCAAAAAGGUCAUGAUCUUUCAUGCCAUGGAGUGCGCGAGCAAGAAACUCAAGCGGCAGGCGAAGAGAAAAAGGAAUGACAGCCUUGUUGAUGAACUCGUCAAAGAGUCCAAAAUAAGUAGAGAUGUUCAGAACUUUAAAGAUAAAGACUCAACCCUGAGGGACACCUGGGAGCUGGACAGCGGCUUUUCCGAUGGCAGCCCCCCUACCAGUGGCAGGAGCUCUCCGUGCCCGAGCUCCUCUGCCGCCGCCGCCGUGGUGGCGCUGGACUGCGAGAUGGUUGGCACGGGACCGCAUGGGCGCAGCAGCGAACUGGCACGCUGCAGUAUCCUAGAUUACCACGGCAACGUCCUCUAUGACAAGUACGUCCGGCCGCUUCGUCCCGUCACCGACUACAGGACUCGCUGGAGCGGCAUCCGGCCGCAUCACCUGCGAGACGCCACGCCGUACGCGCAGGCCAGAGAGGAGAUCACUGGCAUUCUUCAAGGCAAGGUGGUGGUGGGACACUCGAUCCACAACGACUUUGGCAUGCUGCGCAUCCUCCAUCCGAGUCACAUGGUCAGGGACACGGGCGCGACGUGCCUCCUGGCCCAAUUAGCCGGCUUUCCCCGCCAGCGCUGCGUCUCCCUGAGGGUCCUGGCCCGCAAGCUCCUCAACAGACGCAUCCAGGUGGGCAAAAAGGGCCACUGCUCAGUGGAGGACGCCCUGGCGGCGCUGGACCUCUACAAAAUGGUGGAAGGCGAGUGGGAGUGGGAGCUGCAGAGCCACCUGACGGAUGACCACCACUCAGCGCAGUACAUGCAGGACGAAUACUGGCCAGUUGGAGGUGAUGAUGAUGAUGAUGGCGACUCAGAGGCAAACACUUUCUAAGUUAUUCUCCAAGAGUUCUUUUCAGCAUGGCGUUACGUUUACAGUUCUUCCGGGUGCCAGAAAGUCCGAUUGCACAGGAGUUUUCUGCCACCCCGAAGUACCCUGGCGCCUAUUGUUUACAAUAAUUCUGAAAAGGUCAAUGGAGUGUUACUGUCAUCGCAAACAGGAAGUUGCAAUUAUCUUCCUGUUUGCGUUUGACUUGCUGUGCUGCUGUUCUUUCGCGUCUCAAUUUUAAGGUGCCAAUAAAAUCAAAGGAAUG